AGUGCAAAAAUGUCUUCCGUGAUUUUCCCUUUUGUGUAAUUUCUCCCCAGGGUGUACGCCGAAUGAUCCAUCGAACGUCCCCUGUCGGGCUCAUGAUACGGUCCCAACCUGCCGCUUCACGAUACGCAGAAACAGUCUCGUCUCCUCAGAACCUCUGCGGAGUGAACCCCAGAGCUCGUUGAUGUUGAUGGGUUCUGCAGUCUCCAGUUGUUCCCGUUCACAUAAAAGUCUCUCUCAUCUCCGAUCUGCAAUUAGACAGAGACAUGCGUCUCUCUCUCUCUCUCUCUCUCUCUAAGACCAGACCAGAGUCUCUUUCUUCAGACACCCACCCUCCGUCUUCAUCAAACAGUUCUCGUCUGAAUUAGCUCCGUUUACUUCUUCUUUCCACCAUCUUCUCGCUGAGUUGGGCUUGUAAAUUCUGCAACUUCACUCGCUGUAAAAAGUCCUACAAUGUCAGAUGUCCUAGUCUCCGCCGAACAAACAUCAAUAAAAAGGAAAAUCUAAUCUAUCUUGGACCAAACCCCGGAAUCUGCUCGGGCGCGGCAACUGCUAAAGCUUCGAGUUUUAAGCCUUGCGAUGCUUCGUCGGAGCUCAUAAUCCGCUUCCUCGCUUCUGGGUUCUUAAGAAAAAGAAAAAUGAGGAACCGAGAUAUUUCCCACGACGAUUUGGAACAGGGGUGUCGUCGUCGCAGUGGCUCGAGCGCCGAAGACGACGAGAGCGCGUGCUUCUCAGACGCCGAGGAUGGCGACGGCUCCGGCUCCGGCUCACGCCGCUCCCAGUUCUACUCCACCGCCGGCGGGUCCUACGACGAGUACAGCUUUGCCUGCGCCUCAGAUCGCGAGGCGACGGCCUCGGGAGCGGGGGGCCCAUCCUCCGGGUCGGAGCGGUCGGUGGAGAUCGAGGUGGUGGAGAGAGAAGCGAAUGUACAUUUGGGGAAGGAGGAGAGGGAUUGCAGGAUUUGCCACUUGGGUUUGGAGAGCAACAGCCACGAGUCCGGUGUCGCCAUCGAAUUGGGUUGUGCUUGCAAGGACGAUUUGGCUACUGCGCACAAGAACUGUGCCGAGACGUGGUUCAAGAUCAAGGGCAACAAGACCUGUGAGAUCUGCCAGUCGGUUGCACGUAAUGUGUCUGGUGCAAGUGAGAUAGAGAUGACAGAGCAGUCGAAUGAAACCCAUAGUGCCACAGCUACAUCUGCAGUCUUGGCCCCGAUACCUCCUUCUGAAACCCAAAGCUUCUGGCAUGGCCAUCGACUGCUAAAUUUUCUGCUCGCUUGCAUGGUAUUUGCAUUUGUCAUAUCAUGGCUCUUCCACUUCAGAAUGCCAUCCUCGUGAAUUUAUGUAUCUGGUUCUUUCAAGGACAUAGUACAAAGAAAAGGGAGAAAGAGAUUGAGUGAGUUGUAAAAAGAGCCUGCAGGGCGCGUUUCAAGGUAGUUGGUGCUUGAGUAUAGGUUAGCCAUGAGCUUCUCGGUGUUUACGUGGGUCAUCGUGUGAUUUCAUGUGCUUUUUCGUAAUUGUCAUUGUCCGACUUAUUCGUCCAUGCAACCAUUCCCCCAGAAUAUAUAGGUUCAUAAUCAUCAGGGUACGAACUUGAUCUACUUCCGCUGUCAACCCAAUUUGAGUCUUGGGUGGAGUUGUAAAUAAGAUAAUAUCUCCACAAAACAUUCUGCAGAGCAGGUGAUCUUGUGUUAUUAUGUUCUUUUUCUCCGCAACCCGAGUUUGUGUGCUCCUGUAUUUUGACUCUAUUUCUGGUACGAGUAAGAGAAAGGAGGAUCUAGUGUUCUCGAA